AUGACGAACGACUUUGACACGUCUGCCACCUUCCUGCAGAAUUUCGUGAAUCUUUCAGCGAAGGUCGCAUAUCCCUUCGACAAGCAGACUUUGCAAGUCAUCGUGGCUUCUGAGAAGUUGAUGGCCGAUGAGUUAGUUCUGAAACCUCACACAGACACGACGCUGAUUGGAGUGAAGGAUGACGUGCUCACUGGAACUGGCUUCGGUGGCGCAGAAGGAGCAAAACCAAGUGUCGCCAUCAGCAGCUUCAAAGAGACAGACGCCUUGCUGGUGAAGAGCCGCGGACUAUUCGAAGUUCACAUCGCUCGUGGUUUCGGAGCAGCAGGGCGUCAAAUCUUUGGGCCCACCAUGACCCUGUUGGCCGUAUCCUACUCCGUUUUCUUUUUCCCCAUGGUCCCCGCUUUCACCAUGCCGCGUGUUGCGUCAAGCGUCAUCUCACUGCUAGGUGAAAUGACACUGUUGACCAAGAACAGAGUGCCAGACUCAUGGACGGAUGUCUAUAUGGAGAUGGUUUGUCUGCUCAUAGGCUCUGUUAGCGUCCUGAGUUUGACCAUGGAGAUCUGCUUUCACACGUACAAGAACGAGGAGUUGGCAAAGAAGCUGAGCGGAAUAUACAAGAUCGCAUUUCCAGUGGUGUUUUUGGUGCUCUUCAUCUUGGUGCUGUGCUUUAGCUCCGGUGCCUUCAACGACCUUUGCACAUACUUAGUUCGGACGAUCGUGUGCAUUCUGCUUGCCUCUUGGUCUUGA